AGACUGUUUUGGUCAGUUGCAGUGUUUCACAGGGCAGAUCUCCAACUCUCUCCAGACCGUUUUUAAAAAGCGCCGCGUCUCGGUGAGACAGAACGAAGCGACGGAGGACGUGUUUUCCAGAGGACAGCAGCAGAUCAUGGCAGAGGAAGCCGUGGGUCUGGAGGAGGGGCUGUCUGCGGCCGACGGCCCUCUGGUGGCCGUCACCUUCCAGAGGAACGUCCACAGGAAGGAGAAGUACCUGGAGUCUGAGCCCAAGGCCCUGGGGAUCACACAGAUUGGCCUGAGUGUGUUUAUGAUCAUCAGUACGAGUGUGUUUCUGUCGAAUGGUCUGAGUCAUGUGGGAGGGGACAUCGUCUUCUUCAUUACUUCUCUCGUGGUGCUGGUUGCUGGGAGUGUGGCCGUCGCUGCUCAGAAGCUCCACCUGCCCACACUCAGGGCCUGUCUCGGGAUGCAGAUUUUAGCCUCCGUCGUCUCUGUGUUCAACGUCAUCUUCACAGUGGCGAGAAUGGAAGACAGGCCGCACUACUACUGGCACAGCUACUACUACAACAACACGGCGGAGUACAGGGAAACCGUCCACCAAGUCGAAAACACACACUCGCACUUCUUCGCCGGAGCCAUCCUGAUGGAGGCGACCCUGGUGGCCAUCUCCGUCACGCUGGCCGCUUACUGCUGCAAGGUGGUCAACUGCUGCGGCUCCGGGCCCAAGAUGCCUGUGAUCACGGUACAAACUCCAGCGGUCCAACAAUGAUGACAGACCAGAAGACGAGGGACGUCCAUCCGUCCAUCCGACCUAAUUUUCAAAUCCAAUGAAACUUCAGAUCUAGGGAGACCUUAAAAUGGGAGGACAGGUGUCCCCUGAAGACGGUGUCCUCUCUUCAGAGGGACAGGUCAUCAGGACAGAUGUGUAUUUAAUGUGUGUUAUGUCUUUUAUCAUUAUUAUUAUUAUUAACCAGGUGAUCUGGGAAAUUCUGUGGUUUCAAAAACUAAAAUGUGAAAUAAAAACUGAAUUUUUUUACUUCUUAUGCAGAAGGAGGUUGAUGCUGUUUUCUCAGAUCCAGCUACAGAUAUGUGGGGAAUCGACUUGAUGGUCAGUUUGGCAAUAACUCUCAAUUAUCAAAAGCAGUCAUAAAUGAUGAAAAGCAUUUGGAUCAGUUAACCUGGGGUCACCGCCUGUUCAACAGGAAGUGAUCUCCGAUAUCAGCGUCUUCAGAUACAC